AUGCGAAACUUAGGUAAAAAUGCCUUUGGUGCUCCCUUUGAAAAGCUUCCUCGCUCUCCUCCUGCCGGCGCCCUAAAUAGGGGCGUUGCAGCGGCGAAAUCUUAUUGUGUUGGCAGUUAUCUUCAAAGCAGUUUUAGGAGCAUGGAGCGUCGAACGGGAGAAGCAUCACAGAAAAACUCGGGGCUGCUCUUUUUUGCUGGUCCUCCUGCUGCAGGAGUAUUCCUAAUUCCCCUUCAUUUUCUUGUGGCAAAAGUUUCCUCGGCUCUAGGUUGCUUGAUGUGUACCCAAAACAAGAUUUUUCCCGCUAGAUGCCGCUGGGUGCCGUGCACUAUGCUCUGUAUGCGAAAAACCGCGACGGCUAAAGACCUGAGAAGGGCCGCUAGAGGCCGUGUUGGAGACUCUAAGUGCUACCCGGGAGGGGGAAAAUGGAGGUACACAGCGUCCAAGCGUCCCACAAACAAACAGAGAAAGAUGAAAAACAGGAAGGCGGCGGCAAAGCAAGCAGACACAAAAUAUAACUCUAGAAGACAGCCAAAAGACAAUACGGCGCGGCACACAGCUCCCCUUCUGACGCCUGAGGCAGCGGAGGGCAUACCCGCCAGAGCAACGAAAACCAAGAACAACAGGAAAAUGUCACAUGCAGAGGACGGCAGCGUUACCCCGCCUUGCUACAGGCGUCUUCCACUCUCUGCUCUGCAGGCCUUCUGUGCCGGCCCUAACUCGAGGGAGCGCGUGGUCUCUCUGCUGGAGAAAACUUCAGCCGGCGAGCUGCUGCAGCAAACAGCAGCCGCAGCAGAUGCUCUCGCGCUAACUGAAUGUGCAGUCACUGACAUGGAAAAGGCGGCUGCUGCCAGCGCCGUGCUGCGCGCCGUAGCGGCUGGCGAUCAGGAGGCACAAGCGGACGUGAAGCAGCUGCUAGACUUGCUGCUACAAGCUAUUAAACGGUGCUUUGAAGUAGAGGAACUUAGGAAUGGAAUUCUCGCACAGCCGGAGAUGAGACCUCUGCUGAGCGCUGCGGCUGAAAGUCCCCUCAUGGCUAUCCGGGAGUUGCUCGCACAGCAGCUGCAGCAAAUCGCCAAGAAGGGAGAGGAAGGCGCUGAUUUCCUCUGGGGACUGGGACUGAAUCGACAGCUGCUCUGCCUCCUCACAGACAGCGAGACAUCUGUAGCCAUUCGGGCAGAGACGGCGCUCGCCACGAUUUGUGCGCUCGAGACAGGCCCGAAAUUCGUUCUUCAGGGCGCUUUCCUUGCACAACUCAAACGUCUUGUUACGCAAAACUCGGAUAGCAUAUGCUUUCGAGUCUUGAGUCCUUUGAUCCACGGCGUGAUCCAGCACGAGUCUUUCUUCACUGCCCUUCGUUCUGCCGCUCCUGAAGUGCUCUCCAAACUUCAGCAGCUCCUCGAAAUCCGAGAAGACCCCUUGCUGCAGUCAAAUGCCAGCGACUUGCUGUGCAGCCUCAUUGGUGUCUCUUGGGGCAUGGAAUUCGUUAUCAGCGAGAAGAUUCCUGAGCUUGUCGCGCGACAACUUGCAGAGGAACAUGCUGCUCAAGAGGAAUCUCUCAGCAGCCAGACAAUGCUGAGGCUUCUGUGCAGCAUGGCAGUCGAGCGACCACCUGAGUGCAGCCGUCUGAUGGAAUUAGAGGGCGGGCUACUGAAAGACACGAUUGGAAAGUAUCUCAGUUCCUUGUCUAAGAGAGAGAGGGAAGAGGGCAUACUGUGUUGGGGAGCCCUUUGCUCCAAACCAGAAUGCGCGCAAACCGUCUUGGAAAAAUUGCCUUCUUCUGCAGAAACUGUAGUGGCUGGCAUUCUAGACGUGGAGGAAGUUUCAAAAGCGGCACUUCAUGCUUGGCUCUGCGUCCUCAAAGAUCUGCCGGGACCGUCCGCGCUGCCGGAGGCGAUGCGGCAGAUAGUAGACUCCAAACUGACACCCCAGCUGCUGGAGUGUGUCCUACAACGGCCCUUUCCAGAACCGCGUCAACAGUGUUACGAGCUCUUAAAGGCCCUUACAGUCUUUCCAGAGCCACUACAGGCCUUCUUCACCUCCGACGCCUUCAGGCGGCUCAUGCUCGACGCUUCCAGCGACUCGGAAUACGAAGUGCGCAUAGCCAAGCAUGCCUUCGCGGGGGAGGCCUGCAAAGCUCAAGGCGAGUGGAUACGAGAUGCGCUGGACCCCGCCUUCAGCGACGAGUUCUUUCGUUACGCAAAGGGGGGGCCUUUUGCCACGUCAUCUGGUCAGUCCGCUGUGCUCUGGUUCCUCGAGACGGAGACGUAG